AUGAAUUAGAAAUUCUAACUAGUUUGGAUAGAUUAAAAUGUCAAUAAUUCAGAAAACAAAGGCUAUUAGUAAUAACUAAAACAAUUAAUCGAUGACUGUCACUUUAUUGAGCAAAAAGAAGAUGCUUUGAAAUUUUUUCAUGAUCUAAAAGGUGGAGAAAAAAUAAUCGUUAUUGUAUCCAGUUCAUUUGUGUACAAAAUGAUCGAUCCAUUGGGUUAUGCUUAGAUUUAUUUUUGUGGAAAUUCAUAACUUCACAUAAAGAAAUUUUUAGAAAAUAAGGAAUUGUUGAUUUUAAUUGAUUCUGGAAUAAAUGAAUUAAGAAAUAUCGUUUAAAUGAAUAAAGAAUUUCUAUAAGCCAAGGAGUCAUUAAACAUGUCUUUUGAUAAAUAAAUUAUAAAAAGUUUACAGUAUUACCAUUAAUUUGAAGAAAUUAGUUUCAGAUUUUUAUUGAUAAACCAAAAAUUAAAAUAAAAAGUUUAAUUAUCUGAACAAUUGUUAGAAUCUGAAAUAAAAGAUCUUACUUCAUAACAAGAAUUAGACCGAUUAAAAAAAGAGGUUCAAGAUAAAGAAAAGUAAGCAAAUAAAGAGUUUUCAAUAUUUGAGAAACUCAUUUAUUAUUAUACAACUGAAAAUUUAGGAUAUAAAAUAAAUGAAAAUAUGGCUUAAUCUAAUUAUGAAAACUUACAAUAAAUUAUGUUAACUUUGUUUAAUGGUUAUUCAAAAUUAUAGCAACAAGCAUUGCCAAGAAAGUUAUAUAGGGGCAUACGUUUUGAAUCUACAAAGAAAAAUAUCUAUGAUCAAAUAUUAAAUGAUUUAAAGUAAAGUUAAAGUUAACAGAAAAGUUUAUAUUGGAAUACUCUUAGUAGUACUUCUACUAAUGAGAAUGUAGCAAAAUGGUUUGUUAAGGACUAUACCUUUAAAAUAAUAUUUGAAAUAUCAUUAUAAGAUUUAAAUCCUCAUCCAUUUUUUAGACUUGAACCGUAUCAUUCCAAAUAUAAACAUGAAGAAGAGGUUCUGCUAUUUCCUUAGUUUUAAUUUAUAGUUGAUUAAUGUUAUCAAAAGGAUGGAAUUUAAUAUGUUAAAAUUAAAUAAGUGCAGACUAAUUUUUCACUGGUUGAUGAUGAUAAUAAAAGAGAGAAUUAUUGGAUGUAAAGAGUUUAAAAUGAACUCAAACCUAAAUUAAAUAUAAUUAAUGAUUUUUUUUAAAUAAGAAUCAACUAUAUAAUUGACAACAUUACAAAUAUACCUUAAGAUCAGGGAGAUUUAAAAAUAAUUUUAAAAGUUAAUUUUGAUAACUAUUUUGAAACUUUAGUAUCAUUUCUUGAAUAAUUGUAUUCAAAUUAUGUUCCUUAUUAAAAUUACUUAUCUAAAUUACUUGAAGUACUUUUAAAUGAAAUUUAAUUUUUUUUUAUUUUAAGCUAAGGUUUGUUGGUAAAAUUAAGAAGUUUUAUCAAAAGCAUUUCUGAACUAAUUAUUGAAUAAUUUAUUAACAUUAUUUAAUAAUUAUUUGACCUUCAAGAUUUUAAAUCUAAAUUAUUAAUAAAGUGGNAUAAGCCAAGGAGUCAUUAAACAUGUCUUUUGAUAAAUAAAUUAUAAAAAGUUUACAGUAUUACCAUUAAUUUGAAGAAAUUAGUUUCAGAUUUUUAUUGAUAAACCAAAAAUUAAAAUAAAAAGUUUAAUUAUCUGAACAAUUGUUAGAAUCUGAAAUAAAAGAUCUUACUUCAUAACAAGAAUUAGACCGAUUAAAAAAAGAGGUUCAAGAUAAAGAAAAGUAAGCAAAUAAAGAGUUUUCAAUAUUUGAGAAACUCAUUUAUUAUUAUACAACUGAAAAUUUAGGAUAUAAAAUAAAUGAAAAUAUGGCUUAAUCUAAUUAUGAAAACUUACAAUAAAUUAUGUUAACUUUGUUUAAUGGUUAUUCAAAAUUAUAGCAACAAGCAUUGCCAAGAAAGUUAUAUAGGGGCAUACGUUUUGAAUCUACAAAGAAAAAUAUCUAUGAUCAAAUAUUAAAUGAUUUAAAGUAAAGUUAAAGUUAACAGAAAAGUUUAUAUUGGAAUACUCUUAGUAGUACUUCUACUAAUGAGAAUGUAGCAAAAUGGUUUGUUAAGGACUAUACCUUUAAAAUAAUAUUUGAAAUAUCAUUAUAAGAUUUAAAUCCUCAUCCAUUUUUUAGACUUGAACCGUAUCAUUCCAAAUAUAAACAUGAAGAAGAGGUUCUGCUAUUUCCUUAGUUUUAAUUUAUAGUUGAUUAAUGUUAUCAAAAGGAUGGAAUUUAAUAUGUUAAAAUUAAAUAAGUGCAGACUAAUUUUUCACUGGUUGAUGAUGAUAAUAAAAGAGAGAAUUAUUGGAUGUAAAGAGUUUAAAAUGAACUCAAACCUAAAUUAAAUAUAAUUAAUGAUUUUUUUUAAAUAAGAAUCAACUAUAUAAUUGACAACAUUACAAAUAUACCUUAAGAUCAGGGAGAUUUAAAAAUAAUUUUAAAAGUUAAUUUUGAUAACUAUUUUGAAACUUUAGUAUCAUUUCUUGAAUAAUUGUAUUCAAAUUAUGUUCCUUAUUAAAAUUACUUAUCUAAAUUACUUGAAGUACUUUUAAAUGAAAUUUAAUUUUUUUUUAUUUUAAGCUAAGGUUUGUUGGUAAAAUUAAGAAGUUUUAUCAAAAGCAUUUCUGAACUAAUUAUUGAAUAAUUUAUUAACAUUAUUUAAUAAUUAUUUGACCUUCAAGAUUUUAAAUCUAAAUUAUUAAUAAAGUGGAAUUAAUAAUUUGAAAAUGAAAAUUUUGUAAUUUAGGAUUAUAAUUUCAAAAAACUAAAUAUAAAUUCUACAACAUAUACAUCUGCUUCAUUGAAUUGGAGAUAAUUAUAAAUGUAGGAAGUUAUAAAUCUUUAAAUUGUAAAACACUCAUCUUCUGGAAGAAUUGCAUAUGAAGCUACCUUAUAAGAUGGAAAUAAAAUAUUAUUACAUGAUAUAAACUCAAAACCUGGAGAUUUAACUUUUGUAAAGAAAUUUGAAUUAGGAUCAACUUAAACUGGUUAUUCUGAUAAUUGGAAACCUUAAGGAGAACCAAUAAACACAAAAAAUUUAAAAAUAAAAGAUAUAUAAACAUCAGUUAAAGGAAAGUUAGAAAAUAGUAAGUUUAACCUUAAAAAUUUUGAUUAAAAUAAAACUACAUUAAAUUAAAAUUAAAUAAAUUAAUUAGGAUAAGCAGGUGGAGCAGUUGGCGCAGUUUUGGGUGCAACAAUUGUUGAUGCUUUUUAUGGGGAAGUUAAUAGUAAAUCUUUAGCAUAGAACACAUUAUUAGGAGGUACUAUAUUAGCUAUGAGUUAUAAAAUUCCAUUAUUAGGAUUAGCUAUUUAAGGAGGAUUAGGACUAUUUUAAGUAUGUUAAAUAUUAACAAAUGAAUAAUUUACAAAAAAAGAGAUGACAUAAGAAAUAGGUAAACUAGCCCUUAAGACUGGAACAAGUAUAGCUACAACAUCAGGAGGUAUAUAGUCUGGAAUGUUGGCUGGAACUUCUAUGGGUCCUGCAGGAAUAAUAAUAGGUGGUAUUUUAGGAGGAUUAGUUGGUGGAAUUUUGGGAUAACUUACAUCAAAAUAAAUAGAUAAUAUUGCAAAAUUUGAUUUCGAAGUUAGUUUAAAUAACUCUAAUAAAGCCAAAGAAAGGAAUGGACUUUUGAUAACUCCUGGUGUUAAUCCAAGAAUUUAAUUUUUUAAUGUUUUUGAAAAAGUAAAUAGUUUAAUCAUAUUGGCUUUUACUAAUCUUUAAAGAAUAGCUUGGGUUGUAGUUAAUAUUCAACCAUCAAUCUAAUAUAUAGAAUAAAAUGAUAAAUUAGGAAGGAUUUCAAUCAAAUAUUUUUAUAUAGGUCCAUUUGAUAAUGAAUCUUCGAUGACAUUCUAUGUGUUUGGAGUCUAAGAAAAGUAUGUUGAUGAAAAAAAAGUGAUUGAUGCUAUUUAGAACAAUAAGCUAAAUAUUGUCUGCUUUGCAAAAAAAGAAAUAAAGCUUUGA